AUGGCACAACAAGAUGCUGCAGCUUUGACCACGGAGAAGAGCCCAGCAACGUUUGAAAAAGGCCCGAGAUUUUGGGCCAUCAUUGUUAUGCUCUCUCUCAUCAGCCUUCUGACGUCUACAGAAGCUACAAUCACGUCAACGGUGAUGCCAUCACUUGUUGCUGAUCUGAAUGGCGGCGGGAACUUCAUCUGGAUUUCAAACGCAUACUUCUUGACCAUGACGUCCCUGAUGCCCAUGUAUGGCCAGCUUGCAAACGUUUUUGGUCGCCGCUGGCCCCUGAUCAUAGCUGGGCUCAUGUUUAUGCUUGGAAGUGGUAUUUGUGGCGCAGCCCAGAGCAUGGUCACCAUGAUUGCCGGUCGAGCUAUUCAGGGGAUCGGAGCUGGAGGCAUCGGCGUUCUCUGCGAGAUCGUCAUCUGCGACCUGGUGCCGCUCCGCGAGAGAGGAACCUACAUGGGCGCCGUGUUCGGUAUGGUGGGCAUUGGAGCCGCUCUCGGUCCCUUUUUUGGAGGACUGCUGGUCAGCUACAGCACCUGGCGCUGGGCUUUCUUCAUGAGUCUGCCCAUUGGUGGUGUUGCCGUUGUGCUGCUGUUUCUCUUCUUGCGAGUCAAAUACGACAAGUCUCAGACGUUGGCGACCAAGUUCUCGAGCCUCGACUGGAUGGGGAACGCUCUCUUUAUCAGCGGCACAGUCCCCGUUUUGAUUUCGCUUGGCUGGGCAGGAGGACAAUACCCGUGGUCAUCGUAUCAGGUACUGGUGCCGUUGAUGGUUGGCAUCGCCACAAUGGGAGCCUUCGUCGUGCUUGAAGGAAAUGCACGUCUCACGCCCAAUCCCAUGAUGCCGUUGUAUCUCUUUGGAAAUUGCAUCACCUCCAUUGUCUUUUUUCUCACCUUCCUCCACGGUAUUGUCACCAUGUGGGCACUAUACUUUCUCCCAGUGUACUUCCAGGGCGUGCUGGCAAAGACUGCCUACCAGGCUGGUAUCGAUCUUCUCCCCACGAUUCUCGCACUUCUUCCGGGCGCCAUCAUCGGUGGGCUACUCCUCAGCAAGUUCGGCAAGUACAAGCCCAUUCUUAUUGUGUGCUUCGCAUUAAUCGUCCUCGGCUUCGGCGUCUUCACGCUUCUGGAUGAGAAGUCCAGCACCGGCGCCUGGGUAGGCUUCCAGGUGCUCGAGUCUUUCGGCGCAGGGUUUGGCAUGGGCGCGAUGCUCCCAGCGCUGCUGGCCCCGUUGACGGACAGGGACACGGCGCUGGCAACGGCGACUUGGGGCUUCAUGAGGAGUUUCGGCGUCAUGUGGGGAGUCGCCAUCGCCGGUACUAUCUACACCAGCCGGGCUUCGGAGCUUGCGGGUGACGGAGCAAUUAGCAGCAAUGCAGCGAUAGCCGCCCAGUUUGAAGGCGGCGGCGCAUACGGGGCGGCCGAGAAGCACUUUCUCGACUCUCUGUCGGCAGAGACGCGUGCUGAGGUUGUUCAUGUGCAGAGUACGUCGCUCCAGAGAUCAUGGCAGGUUGCCAUUGCCUUUGGGGCAGUGGGAUUUCUCGCUGCUGCUAUCAUGAAGCAGAUUCCGCUCAGGAGGGAGAACAACACUGAUUUUGGCAUGGAGAACAGGAAGAAGCACAACAUUGAAGCCCUUCGAGGAGAGCCAAACAGCGAGAGAUAG